CUGGGCAGGACUAACAAGUGAAACAGUGAAGCAGCUCAAAAAUCGAGAAUGAAAAGUGUAAUAUUCUUGUUGGCAGCUAUUGCUGCUAUUGCAGCAGAUCAAGGAUCGUUCAGCAUCAAUAUGAAACAACCUGACGCUAACAUGUAUCACCAGCAGAAUGUCCAUAGCGGUCAAUUCAACUACGGCUACAACGUGAACACGGUGAGCAAUCAGUUCCAGCACAAGGUCAAGGGUCCGGAUGACGUAACGUACGGCUGCUACGGCUACAUCGACCCCUCGAACCGGAAGCACCUGGUGUACUACGUGGCCGACCGAAUGGGCUACCGGAUUAUCUUCCCAAACCGACCGACGAAGAUCUUCAUCGAUCGGGUUACGGACAGUUUGAACAAGUUGGACGGAGCAACCAAGGCUAAAAAUUACGACGAGAAGGUGGUCGCGUGGAACGAUUUGUACAUGCCUGAGUCGUGCUUCCGGUUGGAUGAGAUCCUGUCCACGGCUGCUAGUUCUACCCAUCAGCAGGUCGUUCGGCCGGAGCCGGAGCUUCCGAGGCCGACUCAGUACACGAUUCCUACUACAACGAGACCAGUGGCGGUCGAUUCAGUUCAUACCGGUGGAGUGUACGUUGAUCAAACGUAUCAGGGAGCUUCUCAGGGUUACCCGGGUCAUCAUCAGCAGCCACAGCACGUGAAUGGUCACAUAGGUUACGAGGACAACAAUAACGGCCAUCAGCUUACGGAUGGCGAUCAAACUCAAACGCAACAGCAACCGAUCGCCUGGUCGGGCAGCCUGCCGGACAUCAACCCGGCCAACAUUAACCUGGACCAGUUUGACGUGGGCAAUGGGUACGUGGAUGCGACCGGUUCCGCCAGCACCACCCAGUUCACGGCGACCUCUGCCCAAUACCCACUGCACCAGCUGAACGUAACCCAACUGCUGGCCCAGAUCGAAGCCGUCAACUCGCAGGUCAUCACGCUGAACACGCUGCUAGCCGGAAUGGCCAACAAUCCGGGGGUGUUUGCCAGUGCCAAUGAGGGCAGCUGCCGGAAGGUGAUUCAGCUGCUGCAAACCCAACGGACAACUCCCCAGCUGGUGUACGUGCCCAUUCUCAUUCCGUACGUUGAAGGUCAGUUCAACGUCAAUCAACCGUUCGGGGCCAAUGCCGGACACUAUCAGCAACUUCAGCAGCACCAGCAGCCAUGUGGUCAGUCGUGCAAGGGGUAAUCUUCUGGCGAAUAAAUAAAAAGAAAUCUGCGCGUGAUUGCAAUGGAGA